UUCCUUAAAUUCCACCACUGGGGAAAAAUGACGAGAAAUAAUACAUAUUUCACAUUACUUUCCAACCAUAUGACACCGUACAUAAUGUUAGUAAUGUGGAAAACUGUAAAAAUUAACUAUUUUUUGUGACUUGCAGAUGUCCUCCUCGUUCGCUGCAUCUAGUGAUGAUGCAUCAACCAGAGAGUCUUCUGCAUCGUCACAAAGCAUGCCGGUGGCUAAAAGUAGCUCAGGAAUAUGCAGUGCUUCGCCAAACUCUACAGAGGAUCAGCAUCCUAUCAAAGACAAGAAUAUUGGAGGAAGACCAAAUAACACCCAGACAAGCAGGUUUAUUUCGGAAUUUGAGCCCAUGGACUGUCUUGGAAGUGGAGGAUUUGGUUCAGUUUACAAAGCAAGACAUAAACUGACAGCAAAGGUUUAUGCUGUGAAGAUUGUCAGCUGGGAAGAGAAAUCUCUUCGAGAGGUGAAGACAUUAUCAGACCUCCAACACCCUAAUAUCGUUAGGUACUACACAGUCUGGAUGGAUACUUCAGGAUACCGAUUCAACUCCUCCCAGUCUGCAUCAGAAAGAUACCUCUAUAUUCAGAUGGAGUUAUGUGGCACUAAAACACUACGGGGGUGGAUUAAAGAGAUGAAUGAUCAGAAUCCGCAAGACCCCCAUAGAAGAGAAAAAAGUCUAAGCAUUGCUCAAGCAAUAACCAAUGGAGUCGAGUACAUUCACUCCGAGAAGCACUUCCACAGGGACCUUAAGCCUGAAAACAUCCUGUUUGGACGGGAUGGAACCGUGAAGAUUGGGGACUUUGGCCUUGUCACAAGAGAUGACGAUGAAUUUGAUUUGAUGGACAGAACAGUGGGAAAAGGAACGCCAACUUACAUGGCUCCUGAACAGAAGAAAGAAAAGAAAUAUGGCCGAAAAGUGGACAUUUUUUCCAUGGGGUUGAUAUUCUUGGAACUCCUUUGGAAAGUCUCUUCUUGGCAUGAAAGAGGAAAUCUUUUCCGUGAUGCCAGAUGUCAGAUGUUCCCCAAAGACUUUUCACUGACUUUUCCCCAAGAGAGGGAAAUCAUUAAGCCAAUGCUGUGUGAGAAGCCAGAAGGCCGACCUGAAGCAAGUGAGCUGAAGAAAGACCUGGACAAGUGGGCUCAGAUAUUCAAUACACAAAGCCAGCCAAAUGAAAGUGUUACUGUCUGAUUAUCAUGAGGAGCUGUGAUAAGUUAUAAGAGUGCAAAGAAAUUUGUCUCACCCGAUGUCCGUCAUUCAGUGGAACAUGAAAUCAAAAUUUAUUGUGAUUUUUAAAAGUAACUUUCACAUUAAUGCAUAUCUGUUGAGCUUUUUACUGUUAUUUUGUCAACAGACUUUUUAUUCCAUGCAGGAGCAGGUUAAAUGCAUUGUACUGGUAGUGUUACACAGACUUUUUUUUGUUUGUUUUUUUACUGAAAAUGUUAAUAAUUGUUAUGCAGGGUGGAACGUGCGGUAGUCAGGUGAAAAUUGUUCAGUCUUGACCUGACAUCUGAUUCCUAGGCAGCAGGAAGCUUUUCUGUGGUUUUGUUUUGUUGUUUGUUUUGGGUGUGGGUUAUAUUCAUGAAUCGCUGAAAACAUCAUUGGGAAAUACUGGAAAUAUUAUUGAUAUUUCCGCUUUAUUUCAGUUUUAUUUUUUUUAAUUAGAGGGUGGACAAAUUCACAAAAUUAGAAUCUGAUCAAAUUCAAUGUAAAACGUGGAAUCAUGUUUACAACAGUACGUGUUAAUAUUAGACUGGCUGCUGUACCAUCAUGUUUUAUCAGUGUAAUUAUUUAAUUAAAGGCUUUUGCUUACCA